CGCGGCGAGCUGCGCGCCGCCGGCGUCCUGCGCGGCUCCGCAGCUUGCGUUUCCACCGCUGACCGGCAAGUGUGUCUGCACAAGUAUCUCGCCUGGGAGGGUAACUUUGCAAUGGAUGACAGAGCAGACCCGUUGCUGAUGACUGUUCAUCUUCUGGCCAAAUCAGGACAUUCGUCACUCCUGCAGCAAACUUUGGAUCGGCUCUUGGAAAGGAUUUGCCCAGGCAUUCGACUUUUCCUUGUGUCUGAGCGCGUUACUCCAUUGAAAUACUAUGAGUGUUAUCGUAAGAGAAGCUGUGGAUUUCCUGGAAUAUCUGUCCUCCUUUUUCUACACGAGGACUUGGGAGCAGAACGGAUUUUUCAGGUCCAUGAUUUCUUCCAGCAUCCACCAUGGCGCUACCAGCGUGCACAAAUUGCUAGUGGGCAAAGCCAUCCCUAUGCACCGGCUAGUCAGGACUUUUAUGGCCUGGAUGACCAGAUGCCUGUGUGGGGCAUCAGGCAGGUGCACUGUGGCUCUGAGGUUUUGCGUGUGACCCUCUACUGUAGUUUUGAUAACUACGAUGACGCAGUGAGACUGUAUGAGAUGAUCCUACAGAAAGAAGCCACUAUGCAGAAAAGUAACUUCUGUGUUUUUGUGCUGUACACAACUAAAAACAUCGCUGUUCAGCUCUGUUUGAAGCAGCUGCCCAUUGGAGUGUCUGUUGAGCCAAAGGAAUCGUCAGUCUUGCAGUUCAAGGUGCGAGAAAUCGGGCAGCUGGUGCCUCUCCUGCCUAAUCCUUGUAUUCCUAUCAGUAGCACCAGAUGGCAGACACAAGAUUAUGAAGGAAACAAAAUUCUGCUUCAGGUUCAAUGCAACUCCAAGCACAGUGAGAAAAAUGGUGGAUUUUCCAAUCAGCACAAUAAUGCAGGCAAUGCAGAACUGCUCCGUAGCUCUGUCCCAGCCCUUUUCCCCGUAAAGCGGGCCAGCCCGGAGCAGAGGAGCCAGGCGGUCAGAACUGUGAAGGGCAGGGCGAGAUCCGGACGAAGCGAAGCUCUUGCUCCCGCGCCAGCAAGCAGCGUUCUUCCCAGCCCCUUCCGCUCUUCUCGCAGCAGCGCAGCAGCCCCAUCCCAGCGGGACGCCGCUCCUUUCCACGUGCACUCGAGCAGCAAGGUGAAACCCCCUCUCCAGGAAAGCCAGCCUCCUAGCCAGCAAGCUGAGACCAACGUCGACACCGGCUUCACCGUGGUAAGUGCUGACUGCGGCUGCUCCCCUCUGAACCACUUUUCCGGGGAUUUGCGGACCAGCCUUCUCCAGCCACGAGCACCCAGCUACUCCCUGGCCGCGGCUGGCUUCAGCGUCAGCUUGCCCUCCGAGGACAGGACCCAUCUGUCCUCUUCUGCAGCCAAACGGAAUAAAGGAGCCGGACAAAGAGCUUCAGGCUUUCACUUGCAAAUAUCGAGAGCCAGCCCUGGAAACAGAACUGAGGAGGAGGAGGAAUUCUUUAUAUGACUGGAAACAAAUGUGCCAGAUGGACUGAUCUCUUCCAAAUGAUAGCUAAGUGCUUUAAUCUGGAAAUACAGAGAACGCGAUCUGCAUAUUGUGCUACUUUGUGCUGUGACCACUGAUGCAUAACUUACCUUUGUAACUGUGAAAAAAAAAUCAGUAGAGAGUUUACUGGGGUGGAAGGACACUUACUUUCUAUGGAGUGAUGCUAAGGAGGCUGAAAGCAGGAAAAAUAACACUUUUCAGAAAGGUUUAUUUUUUUUAAUGCAGUGUAGUUUGGAGUAUUAUUGUGCAAUGAAUAGGAAUAAGCCAUACAAAUCCUACUGCUGUUAUAAAAUGUUAAGAAAUAACUGGUAAUAUGUUCAGAUAGUGUUAGAGCUUCUAGCUCCUUUGAGCUGCAGCCACAAGACAGCACGGUGACCACGUGCGGGGGUCGGUCCUCGGCUGGUGUGGGAGUAUCGACCCAAGGUAGUGGCACCAUUGCAACACCUGCGCCCAUCUGUGUUCCCUCUUACUUCCCCUAUUGUCCAUAUUUUAAAAACUAUCAAAGUUGUCAAUUCUAUGCAUGAAUCGAAACAUAGGAACAUUUUCUGGAAUUAUUUUUGAAGAAAAAAAAGAAUCUCUAUUAGCCUUUUCUCAAAUUAGCAUUGUACACACAGAAAGGAAACGCUUGCGAAGAAUUGUUUGAGCUGUGUUUGUGCUUCAGUAAGACCUUUCCGUUACCUGGCCUUACGACACUUAAAGUAAAACCAUGAACACGCUAUUCUUUGUUAGACCAGUGUGCAAUUAUCAGCAGGAUGAUGGAAAUCCUAAUUGGAUUUUAUAGAAGAGAAGACAAGAGAAGUUAGAGUCUGGGAGAGAACUGCCAGAAUACUGAGGGGUAAAAAGGAGAAAUGAAGUAAUUUAAAAGCAACGGAUGCCUGAAUAACUUCAGUCCUGAUCAACAGUUGUAUUUUCUUGAGGAGGAUUAACUAAAUCUUGGAGGGAAAGAGAUGGGGAAGUCAUGACUGAGGAAUGAAAUUAUGAAAAGAAAAGCAAAAUCUGAUCAUUGUAUUUACCUUCCAAAAAUCAGAAUUAAAAAGUUUGUGAAUUCUG